CCGGCCGUCUUUAUAGUGACGCCCAGUGCACAACAGCGCAUUCCGGUUGGCUCCUCUUGGAUUACGAAAGUGGCGUUCUCCGGCAAGCCCACACCUACCAUCUCCUGGCGUUUCAGUCCAGCACUUUCUGAGGCAGUAACCGCUUUUACGGAAGAUAAUUCUGGAUCGACAAGGCAAUUGUUUUCCACUUCUGCUAAGCCUAAUCUCCGAGCAAGUGAAAUCGUGGCUAGAGAGACUGAUGAGGAGACAGGGUCAUUUUGGAAACAGACUUCUGGGGAUUUGGAGAAGACAGAAUUUUUUUUCAGCCCAGAACAGAAGGGAGAACUAGACGAGCAGAACGAUGAGGCUAUUGAAGAGGAACGCUUCCAGUUCAGUGAUGAUGGUGGUCUUAUGGUGAAUUUGAAUGUCCAUCCCGAAGACGCUGGAAUCUACACCGUCAUGGUAGAGAACCCACUUGGACAGGACAGCUUUGAUAUAAACCUCGAAGUCACCUCAUCUAGGUAA